CUGGACAUGAUGGAGAAGUAUGCAAACAAUCUCGAGAAUUUGGUGCCUGAGAGGACAGAAAAUUAUAUGAAGAGAAAAAAAAUGACAGAAAAUCUCUUACUUCGAAUGCUACCGGUGUAUGUUGCAGACAGAUUAAAGAGAGGGGAGCCAGUUGUUCCGGAAUUGUAUGACUGUGAGUCUAUCUAUUUUUCUGAUAUUGUAGGCUUCACUGCCUUAUCUGCUGUAAGCACGCCAAUUGAGGUUGUGUAUAUGCUGAACGAACUUUACACAUGUUUUGACGCCAUCGUUGAAAACUAUGACGUGAACAAAAUAGAAACUAUUGGGGACGCAUACUUUGUUGUAAGUGGACUACCAUUACGUAAUAGAAAUUUUCACGCCGGUGAGAUCGCUUCGAUGUCAUUACACAUGCUUCAAGAAAUCAUGAACUUUAAAAUCAGCCAUCGUCCAUCAGAUACUCUUAAACUCCGUAUAGGAAUUCAUUCAGGCCAAUGUGUAGCAGGCGUUGUCGGCUUGAAAAUGCCGAGGUAUACAAUAUUUGGUGACACUGUUAACACUGCAUCACGAAUGUUAUCUAUUGGUGUUCGUAAGUAA